AUGAUGAAAUUUAUUCGCUCAAUUCAACAUCGUAUUGAUUCCAUAAACUAUCCGUUUGUGUUUAUGUGUUUGACUACCGCACGAAUUCUAAGUGCACUAUACAAUCCAAUUGAUGAUUGUGACGAAGUUUAUAAUUUUUAUGAACCACUUCAUAAAGUAUUAUAUGAUGAUCAACCAUCGUUUCAAACGUGGGAAUAUUCUCCUCAUUAUGCAAUGCGUUCAUAUGCCUAUUUAUUAUUGCAUGCAUUACCAUUAUAUCUCAUUCCAAUUACAUAUAAAAUUCCAUUCACGAUAAUUGAUUCCUAUUAUUAUGGUAAAUUAGUGAUUACGCCAUUUAAUCAUAUUAAAUACAAUAUAUUUUCCAAACACGGACCAACACUAUAUGGAACAGAACCGUGGACAUACUAUUUAACAAAUGGUAUAUUAAACUUCAAUAUUGUUUAUCCGCUUGCUUUUAUUGGACUUUUGAUUACAAAUGUUAUGCCAAGAUUAACAAAAAAAUUUCGAUCAGUUUUAAAGAAACAAAAGUUCAUUUUAUUAAAUGAUGUUCAAAUCCAAAAAACAUGUUUAUUAUUAGUUAUAUUCAUUGUACACGCAUUGUUAUCAUUAUCACGUACAAUUGCAAUUAUUAGAGGAUAUUCAGGAUCAAUGAGAUUAUUAAGAGAUGUCAAUACAACUGUUGAAUUUCAUCAGAAUCUAGAAUCACCUUUAAAUGUUUGUAUUGGAAAAGAUUGGUAUCGAUUUCCUAGUCAUUUUUUCUUACCUGAAAGAUAUCAAUUGCAAUUUAUCCGAUCAGAGUUUCGUGGACAAUUGCCUAAACAUUACAGUCGUUUAUCAAAUGCGACAAAAAUUAUUCAUAAUGAUUUAAAUGAUGAAAAUAAAGAAGAAAUAUCACAUUAUGUUGAUAUUACCAAUUGUCAAUAUAUUAUUGAUCACGAUAGUCCAGAAGAAACGAAACUGGAACCAAAUUAUGCCUACUAUCCUAACAUGAAACAAAUUAGUGCAACUAAAAUGAUUUUAUCAUCAAAAUCACAUGCCAUAUUUCGAGCAUUUUAUGUUCCAUUUUUAACUGAAAUGUAUACCAAGCAAACGUAUUUACAUUUGUUAAGAAACAAUCAGCAAGACGCGAAUGAAUGA